CCCAGCAGAGAAGAACAGCACUGAGAACAGCACAGAUGGCAUGUGUCCCUCGGUGCACCAGAACGUGCGGUAUGUGGCCGUCAAGAAGAACAUGCCCAUCUACUUCGUGUGCUACUCCCAGCAGCCCCAGGACAUGCAGUGGUACAAGACAGCAGAGAAGAAGGAGGACCUCUCUGUGCUGGAUCAGAACACGGCCAGGUACCACGUCGAGAGGACAAACACCUCCAUCAACCUGACCCUCCUCAGGACCAGCUCCGAGGACAACGGGAUCUACGUGUGUGACAAGAAGGGCCUGACGCAGAAGGAGAAGCUGCACUCAUGUGGGACAGAGCUCCGGGUCAUGGGUACCAGCAGCAUCAAGCAGUUCCAGAACAGGAACACACUGAAAGAUGCCAUCAUCAUCAUCCAGUCCAUCCUGCUCGUCGUCUUCAUCAGCAUCCCCAUCCUCCUCUUCCUAGACAAGGGUGAAGAGAAGAAGAGGCCAGAGGAGGACCACACCUAUGAGGGGCUGGAGGUGGAGCAGAUGGCCACCUACGAGGACAUCACUCCUUUCCGGGACGUGAAGGCCAAGUGGACGGUGGGGGAGCGCCCAGGUGAAGAGUGAGGGGUCCUGUGCCCCUGCCAGCCCUGCCAGCCCCCGUGGCGACAGAUCCCCUGGAGCACAGCUCUGCCUGGAGCCCAGGCUGCCAACACCUGCACAGCCCAGGGCUGGGAGCCCGUCUGGGGUGCUCAUGUGUCUGGCCUGUGUCCCCGAGGCUGCCCUGCCCCUUUGUCACUGUCCCCACCCUGCUGACCGACCCCUAAAGCCUCUGUAGAAAUUAGGAGCCACCUGUGAUCCCCCUGGUCACACAGCCUCAGCACUGAGCUCCAGCUGGGCAGUGCCAAGGAAGGGCUGGGAAUGAGGGCUCUGCUCCAGCCCCACCACCCCGGGAAGGACAGGAGCAGGCACUGCAGGGACACUGCCAACAGCACUGUGGGGCUGUUGUGAGAAGUGAAUUUCAGGCCACUCUUCAGCUGCCAAAGCCAAGGCUGUGUCCAGAGCCCCAGCUGGCAGAGGUCUGAGGUGCAGAAUCCCCCAAAAGCACCUCCUGUUCUCCAAAGACUAUGGAAGAGUUGGGCAGAAAGGUCUGUCCCAAAGGCUUGCUGCUCCCCAAGCAAGAGCUGGCCCCUGCCACGAGGUUGUCCCCAUGGUGAGGGACAUGUGUGACCUCAGAACAUCUGGGAAAACUGUAAAUUGUGGGACACAAACCUCCAACUGCUUUUGAAGUCCUAAUAAAGGCAAUGGGUGAAUCCUCAUCCUGCUCCAUCCUGCUGAGCCCAUUCCAGGGGUGUCCCAUAAUCCUGGCGCCGAUUUCCUGGGAAUAAUGAGCAGCUUUUUGGGUCCAGCUUAGCAGGAAACCAAACUUCACCUCUUCAAACUUCCCCCAGAGGGCAGGCAGGGGUGGAAAACCAAGAGCAGAUGUGAGGCUGCCCAUGGGGACCUCCACAGUGCCAAAACAUCAGCUUGGGAUGGGACAAAGACAAUCACCAGGAUCCAGAGCAGGACCAGCAGCUCCACUCUCAGCUAGAUCUGGGCUUGAAGGAGAAGCUAAAAAACACCUGGAGAUUGGGUUUGUCAUUGAAUUAUCUUGGCAUGGCAGCAACAGCUGAGGGUGGUGGGCUCAGAGCCAGCUGGGCACCAAAACCGGGUCUGGGGGCUUGGCUGGACAAGGGUGACAAGGACAUUGUGGCUCAAACUGUCCCAAGGCGUCUGUGUCCUGGUGUUCCACGACAUUUUUGGCUCCAAGCAGCUCCUGCAACUGCUCUGCACCCCAAAAACAGCCAAAGAAGGGUAAAAUUCUAAGCAAAAAAAUGCUUUUCAGAAGUAACAGGAUGGUUCUUUACCAGUAAAGCAACUCUGUGGAAAACUGGAAUUCAGUUUAAACAGCACAAAACACAGCAUUUUGGAAUUGAUUUGUACUAGUUAAAUAAAAUGACCCCAAAUUAAUUCUGCCACAUAUAUAUAUAAGUUAUUUAAGCACAUUUUACUUAUAAAAUUGGUUAAUUUAAAAAAGGAACAUCACAGGGAGAGAAAAGAGCUGGCUGUUCCUGGUUUCCAUGUUUGCCAAGAUUUUAGGACUAGCAGAGCUCAUCCCUCCAUUCCUUGUUUUCAGUUGCCAAAUGAAAGAUGGAAGUUGGUUUGGUUUUUUUUUUUUUUUGCUGGCCUUCCCAGCUCCAGAUUUCUCAGGUCUCUGUAAAUAACUCACUCAAGUGACUCAACAGAAUAAUAGAAAAAAAUAAAGAUAAUUUGCUGUUUGCACCUGGUGAGUAACCACUUGUGUCAAAAAGCAGUUUUUGUCACCCAAGUCCUGCUCUGCUGCUCUCUCAGCUCAGGGCUUUGGCCUCCUUUAAAAUGCCAGAAGUAAAUAAAAAUUUCUGUAGUGUUGUUGGUUUAUUUGAAUUGCCUGGAGUAGUUUCUAAGGAGCCUGGAGAUGCCUGGGGUUCAUUUCAUUCUAUAUUGAGAGUGGUCUGCAUUUAAAACAUAUUUAAUGUAAAUAAAUAUAUCAGUCUAUACAGCC